GGGAGAUGCUUUCUAUUUCUUUGAGGGUAUAUUUGGAAUUUCAUAUAUUUUCAGGAUACAACCGGCAAUAAUUAAAAUGUUAUGAAUAAUAGAGGAUUUUCACAUCCCAUGGCAGCUUUAAAGGAGAGUUCUAGGCGUUCGGAUGCAGAAGGAAGGGAACAGUGACGAGAUCGCCGGCGUGAUUCCGACGAGCGCCGCUGGGGAAAGAAAGAUGAUGCCGGGAAUUGGCGUUGUUCGCGGAGUUCCGAGCCAUAGGAAGUAUGAGGAGCAGAUGGAGCGGCAGAUGGGAUGUAUGACUGGAUUCAUCCAGCUUUUAGAUCCCCACCAGAUUCUUACAGGGAGGCGUUUUCAGUCUACCAAGCGGCUUCCAAGUCCAUUGGCUGCUGGAUCGACCUCGCCGUCGGGGAACUCAGGGAUGUCAACGGAUUCUGUGAUUAAGGAUGCUCCAGAGUUCCCGUUUUCUCCGUCGCCGAUUGUAUCUCCUGAGAACCAUGUUGCGACGAACUUUCCGGGAAGGUAUACACUGCCGCUUCCUGUUUUCGAGAUAAAGGAUGGGGUGAAAGCCUCAUGGAAGCUGCCAGAAGCUCCCAGGCUCUCCCUCGACAGUCGUGCAAACGUUAAUGCCAAGGGGAAGUUGUCUUCUCGUGAGAUGCAGGCCUCGCCGGCGGUGAUCAACGGGAAAGAGGUUUCAGAAGAUAGGAAUAAUCAGGAGAAGCAGCGGCGUUCACCGAGCGUAGUGGCGCGAUUAAUGGGUCUCGAGGAGCUCCCCAUUGAAGAACUGCCGAAGAGACCCGAACUCCGCCGAUCCGCUUCCGAGUCUCGUGUUACACUAGAUCCGUUGCAGUUCAACCUCCAGAAUCCAUUUCCGAUGCCCUCUGAAGAGGAUUUUAGGCUUCAGAAGGACUACAAUCCGAUAAGAUCUCGAGAUACUACUAAACCUGAUGGCGCGCGUCAAUCGCCUGGCAUGUUUCUAAGGAAGAGCUUCGACGCCCAGGAAUUUUUCCCCGAGGCAAAACAGGUUGGAUCACACUCAGGCGAGGUCGAAAAGCGGCUUCGGAUGCGAGGAAUCGAAGAACCUGCUAGAGACCUGGAUACACUGAAGCAGAUCCUGGAGGCUCUCCAGCUCAAAGGUCUUCUCCACUCCAAGCAACCGGAGCAACAAGUCGUCCAUCUCAACGACUUUUAUGACCGUCUUCCCCGAUCCUCCACCGUUCAUCCCCCUAUCGUCGUCAUAAAACCGGCACCCAAGCCUCCUCCGCGCCUCGCCGGAAGUGAGUCUCCAACCUUACAUUCCAGAUCCACGCCUCCCCGCCGGAUACCGGAUCCCGAUCCACCUCCGACAACUUCCCUUCCAGACCGGCUUGAAAUCGACCAUCAUUUCCGUAACGCCGGCCGGCGUAGCCCUAAAUUUCCUGAGCCAAUCUUAGCCUCGAGGAACCCUAGAGACCCACCAAGUCGCCGAAGGCCUCAAAAAGACGAAGGCCAAACUUCCCCCCUUCCUCCGCGGCGCAUUCCGGCCGCGCAUUCCCCGAAAUCGAGCCCGAAGAAGCUUGGAUUCCCGCCAAAGCACCGGAGGCCAAAUCACAUCUCUCCCAAAGAGGUCCAUUCAACGGCUGAGGACGAUACCUCCACCACCCUCUCCGAUACCAGCAAAACCUCCCAUUUCGAUUUUGAGCGCGCGGGAAACGAGGACUAUAGUUCUGGGCGGAGAUUGUUAGAGAGAUGCGACAAGCUGCUCCACAGCAUCGCCGCCAUCACCUCCUCCGUCGAACAGGUUAUUCCGACCGACCGGCAGCGCAGCCCUGUAUCGGUUCUCGACUCCUGUUUCCUCUCCGACGAGGGUUUAGCUUCCUCCCUCCCAAAUCGCCCCACCGGGUUUACUGAUGAAUUAACCGACUGGCGCGAGGAACAUUCGAAACGUAAGCCGACAUCCGCCGCCGGUUCCGACUCUCCUUCCGUUUCCCAUGAACAUCAAACCACGUCGAGCAACGACCAGCACGAGGACUACGCCUUCGUCCUCGACGUGCUCCGCCAAUCCGACCUCCACCCCAGCGCCGACGAAGCAUUCACCUCUAUCGAAAACCGUCACCGCUCCUCCACCACCACUUCCUCCACCCUCCACCGUCGUCUCAUCUUCGACACCGUAACCGAACUCCUCAACCGGAAGCGCGAUAUCUCCCCUUGGGAUACCUUUUCCGGCGCAUUGGCCGCCACCUGCGCGACCUCCCAUACACGAGCGGUGUGGGAUGAGCUAUGCCAGAUCCAGGUGCGGAUCCCAGCGGCGAACGCCAUGGAGGCGACCUGCAAUGUGAUAAGGAAGGAGAUGACUGGGAGUUGGGAUAGGGAGCAAGGAUGGGUGGUGUUUGGCGAGGAGAUGUCGGAGGCUGUGCUGCACAUCGAACGGUUGGUGUUCAAAGAUCUUGUGGCUGAUACGAUUCGGGAGCUGGCGGAUCUCGCGGGAAGGUGCAGGCGAGGCGUCGCGAUCUCGCGACGGAAGAUCGUGUUUUGAUGUGAGGUACCAGCUUAAUUUUUCUGGAAAUAAUUGACUGCACUCUCUGCUGCGGGGUUGGGGGAUAUAGAUAAGACUCUGCGUUGGCCGAUGCGACGGUAGGCACUAAGUUGUUUGGUUGGCUUGUUUUUUACGAGCUAUGGCCGUGUGGGGGACUGGUGGAGAUUUUAGGCAAUAAUCUGUAUGGGAUUUGUUUGAAUCAUUUUGAUGAGACUAAUUUAAACUUAAAAAAAACAAGGGAAAUACUUGCUUGUUGAAAAUUUGCUAUUUAUUUAUAAAAGUAGCACCUGGGUCAAUAUCUAUCUCUUGAAUUCAAAAAUGCUGGCUCAAAUCGAAAGAAUUGAGCAUUGGACCGUUGGACAGAUGAGAGAGAGAGAAAUAUAAUACAAUGUGAUGUGUCUGUUGUAAUGGUAACACUUUAAGUAAUUAAUGCACCUUUAUACUUGUAAUU